CAACUCCACACCAGACCACACCCAACAUUAACGACUGAACUCCUCCCGUGAGCCCCUGAACAUCUCACCACUGUGCCUCUUCCGGGCUCUCCGCCCACCACUGCGCUGUGAAUGUUGGUGUAUUGAUACAGCCACAUGUGUGAAAGGGAAGGUGAGAGGUGUUCGGCUCCUAAUCCUCUUAGCGGCAUUAUGCUGAGCUCCGUUCCAGCCCUGACAUGCGGUGCGCCCUUGUAGCUCCCCAAAAACCGGAGUCAGCAUCUCUGCGUCCGUUGCGCACAGCUGGAGGGACGCUGAGCAGCCGGAGCUACAGGUUGAAGCUGCUCGCUGUGGAAGAUGAAACACACUUUGUGUCUGUGUGUGAGUCUCUUCUCUGUCAGCGGAGUCUUCAUGCCACAUAGCAGCACAGCAGCCAUCAAGGAAUAGCAAUGCACCUGACUUAGCUUCCUGCUUGGAGUCCAGACCAUGAAUGUGCACUCGCCUCCGAGGAGGAGACUCAGGCGCAGCCGCGUCCUCUUCUUCGUCUCAGGUGUGCUGCUGUGUUUUGUCUACACGCUGACUCUAAAGGCCCGGCUGCCAGAGCCGCCAGCCUCCACCCGGACAGAUGACGGAGCAGAGGAGGGCGGUGGUGAAGUGGUGGAGGUCCGUGUUCGGGAGGUGAUGGCAUCCAAUGAGACUGAGGAGGAGGUUGUCUCACCUGAGGUCACCAAACCUCCUCUGGUGAUCAUCGUCAACAGGACAGAUAUCGAACAGUGUAUCUAUGUAGAUCCUCAACCUCCCAAACCAACUUCACCUCCUCCUCCACCUCUGACCACCGCGGCUCCUUCUCCUCCCCCACCACAGCGCCCUCACAGGAAGGGCGACUACCCAGAGGACAUCUUCUCAGUGGAGCAGCGACGACAAGGCUGGGUGGUCCUGCACAUCUUGGGCAUGACCUACAUGUUUGUCGCCCUGGCCAUCGUCUGUGAUGAGUUCUUCGUUCCUGGACUUGAGGUCAUAACCAACAAGCUGGAGAUCUCUGACGACGUGGCCGGAGCAACCUUCAUGGCGGCCGGAGGCUCUGCCCCUGAGCUCUUCACCUCCCUGAUUGGGGUCUUCAUCUCCCACAGCAACGUGGGCAUCGGCACCAUCGUGGGCUCGGCCGUCUUCAACAUCCUCUUUGUGAUCGGCAUGUGUGCCAUCUUUUCUCGGGAGAUGCUGCACCUCACCUGGUGGCCCCUCUUCAGAGACGUGACCUUCUACAUCCUGGACCUCAUCAUGCUCAUCAUCUUUUUCCUGGACAACAUGAUCCUGUGGUGGGAGAGCAUUCUGCUGGUGCUGGGCUACAUCAGCUACGUGAGCUUCAUGAAGUUCAACAGUCAGAUCGAGCAGGUGGUCAAGACCCAGAUCAACAAGCACAUGAGCAUCGUGAAGGUCUGGACCGCGGAGGAGCCAGAGAAGGAAAGUGAAGCUCCUCCGCCUCCUCCACCUCCUGCUGCUGCUGCUCCUGCUCCUCCAGCUGAUCCUCCAAAACCUGAAGAGAAAUCAAAACCAGAACCAGCUCCUCAUCCUCCCAGCAGCCCUCAGUCCAGCAAACUGCUGCCAGAAACACAAGAGGACAGGACAAGACUCAGGGUUCGUCCCGUCCUGCAGAGAGGCGGCAGCACGGCUUCCCUCCACAACACCUCGCUGAGGAACACCAUCUUCCAGCUGAUGAUCCACACACUGGACCCUCUGGGAGAAGAAGCAGCCCUUAGAGGGGCAGUAAAAACCCCCGGCCCGAGGAAAGUCAGAAGAGAGACGUCCUUUAAUGGUGAUGUCAGAGGGGAGGGGCCUAUUCAGAGGAAAGCCAAGAACAAAGUAAAACCUCUUAACGUCCCGUCGACGAGCAAGUCUUAUCACCGCCACGGCGAAGACGUUGAUCACAAGCCAAAGUCUGAGCCGCCGUCUGCUGCUGGACCACCAGGUGGCGCUGCAGCCGAACCGUCCACAUCACAACCUGUGAAGACUGAAGAGACUCAGAAGACGUCAGAACAGCCGGAAGAAUCUAAGGAUGCAGCAGCGUCAGCAGGAGGAUCCGAGGGUUCGGACGGCAGCGGCGAGGACGACGACGACGGCGACGAGGAAAGCAGCGAAUCCAGCGAGAGCGAAGACGACGAUGGAGACAAAGAGGAGGAGAAGGAGGAGGAGGAGGAGAACGAGCCGCUGUCCUUAGAGUGGCCUGACACCAGGAGGAAACAGGCCAGCUACCUGUUCCUGCUGCCCAUCGUGUUCCCGCUGUGGCUCACGCUGCCCGACGUCAGGAACCUGGCAUCCAGGAGAUAUUUUGUCGUCACGUUCCUCGGCUCCAUCCUGUGGAUCGGAGUGUUCUCCUACCUGAUGGUGUGGUGGGCUCAUCAGGUGGGUGAGACUGUCGGCAUCUCAGAGGAGAUCAUGGGUCUGACCAUCCUGGCAGCUGGAACCUCCAUCCCUGACCUGAUCACCAGCGUGAUCGUGGCCCGCAAAGGUCUGGGAGACAUGGCCGUGUCCAGCUCGGUGGGCAGCAACAUCUUCGACAUCACUGUGGGUCUGCCGGUGCCGUGGCUCAUUUACACUCUGAUCCAUAACGGCGACCCGGUAACCGUCAGCUCCAACGGUCUGUUCUGCGCCAUCGUGCUGCUCUUCCUCAUGCUCCUCUUCGUCAUCAUCUCCAUCGCCGCCUGCCGCUGGAAGAUGAGCCGGAUGCUGGGCCUCACCAUGUUCGUACUGUACUUCGUGUUCCUGGUCCUCAGCGUCCUGCUGGAGGACCGAGUCCUCAUCUGUCCCAUUUCUAUCUGAGCGGUACUAGAACUCGUUAGACGGAACAACCGAGUCGUCCAACACUAAACAGGAGAAGGAAAACUCCACCUGUACCUCAUUUCUAGUUUGUUGUCGACGUUUUCCAGCAGUUUUGACCCUCUGAGUGUCUAAACGGUCACAUUUAAUCAACUAUUAACCCUGCCAUGCAUGGUCAGAAAGGAUUUUUAUUCAUCUUAAGAACAUUCAGAAAAAACCAACCACAAUCCAGCGAAUUUCGCUGGAUUGUGGUUGGUUUUUUUGUGAAUGUUCUUAAAGAAAAUAGAAGUUUUACUGAUAUCUAUGGAAUAAUUUUAGAUAUUUUUAGGAUUUUUUUGGAAGAUUUUUACUCAUUUUUUGAAAAUAUUUACAAGAAUUUUCUUGCCAAAUUUGGGGGAUUUUUUAAUGAAACUUUUGAGGGAAACGGUUAAGAAAUUAUUGGAAUUUUGUUCCUGAAGGUUUUGCAAAUUUUCAGAAAUUUGGGGGAUUUUUUUUGUUGAAUUUUUGGAUUUUUUUCAGAUGAGAAAACAAUAUAUUUUGGUGCUUGUAAAUGAAGACAACAGGAGGGUUAAGUAUUAUAAGCGUUCCUUUCAGUGUUAUCUGUUGAACUAAUUGUGAUUAAUAUUGGCUAAUUAGACAGAAUAAUAUUUAUAUAAAUAUAUUCACAUGUCCACUCAGCUGGACAGUAUUUUUUUUGUUUUGUUUUAGAAAUAUGUAUGGAACAAACAAAUACGAAACAAUAUUAGAUUUUUGACUCCAUUGGAUACAGUUUUCUGACAUUGAUAUAUAUUUUUCUCCUAAUUACAGAGAACAUCAGGUCUUUUUCUACUCUAGUUUUGAUCCACUGAAUGGUGCAGACAUAAAAUAUUAGUUUUCAAAUGUAAACAUUUACUGGACAAAAGAAGAGAAAAAAAACUAUUUCUGUUUAAAAUCUUUCACUUUCACGUGACAUUUUCCAACAAAAUUGUCAACUUGUAGCCCUACAGACUGAUAUUUAAAGCCGAUACCGAUGAUGAUGCCGCCGCCGUGCAUUUUAGUCUCAUUUUCCUGCACGUGUAGGUGGUCCUUUUUGAAAUCAUUAUUUCCUCUUUGUCAGACUGCUGAGUUUUGGUGUAAGUUCUCAGCUCUAAAAACAAGACAUUUCUGUUUUUAAUUCUGUAAAAUUGACAUUAAAAAGUCAAAAGACUGCUGGAAACAUCUGAUGACAGCCUGAUUAACUCCAACAAAACUGAUCAAAGUUCACAAAACUAAACCAGAGCAGGAAUGCAACAACCCCAGCCUGUGUCUGGGUGGAGUUUUCCUUCAAUCCUGUGACUACAAAGCUUCUGAGGAGACUUACUUAGGUUAACGAACCACUUUAGAUCCAUUUGUUAGUGGAGAAACACAUUCACUGUGCAGCAACUCACUGGAUGCAACUUCAGUUUUGUAUGUUGAGUAUUUUCUGGAACGUUCCCUGCAUUUAACCAGACUAGUGUUUGUUCCUGUUUAGUGUUUAAAGGAGUUUUUUUUGUGUGUGGAAACGUGUUUCUGUGCGUCGCAGUAACUGGAGAGAAUCUGUAUGUGAGUGAACCGUGUUAGAAAAACUGUCGUCACGUUACCGUCGUGUUAACGCUCUGGUCAGACUGAAGUGGAUGCAAAUGUAGAUUAUUGAUAUGGAAACUGUCAAUAUUUCAAUUUACAAUUCCAUGCUGCAAUAAAUUAUUUUUUUAACAGUGAA